GGGUGGGGAGAACCCGGCGGGGGGGGGGGACGACGGACACGGCGGCUGCUCCGCCGCCUUCCCCGGCCGGGGAUGCAACCCGAAGCAGCAGGGAACCGUAUAUCGAGACUUCAGGGCACGGUGGCCCGAAAUCCACCCGGGACUGUGUGUCCCCAAAGGGAUUUGAAGCUGGGCCAAGCGGCGAUGGAAAUGUCAUUGUCGCGGCACGGGGGCCCAGCGAAGUAAACGCUGCGCCACAGGGAAGGGAGUGGGACGCCGCUGCACCGAGCUCCGCUCCACAGCCGGAGAGAGGGACGGUCCCGAAAAGCCAGUGCAGACCUGGUCAGAGGGGACAGCAAGAGGACCGUGGGGUUUAUUCACGCUCCCACGGGCUGCAAGGACCGUGGGACAAUAUCUGGGGGCUGGGAGCCAUCCCACUGCCCGCUUGGAGUUUGGGACAUCGGCCUUUUGACCGGACUCUGGUGCCCGUCCGAGCCCGAUGAGGAGCCGAGGCCACGCGUGAACCUAUGCAGACCAGGAAGAAAUACAUUUUCCUGACUUUCCUUGCCUCUUGGCUCCUGCUUUUCUUCUUUGGAGGAGACCAGCUGCGCCAUUUCGCUUUCUUUUCUGGGAGGAAAACCGAAGCCCGGAGGAACUGGCCCCGCUGGACGGAUCGGUCCCUUCUCAAAAGCUUUGCAGACUCCGAGGAGCUCCAGAGCGAUGGGGACCCCUCACUGCCAUCGCCCCGGGAGCGGCGGGCGGCACGGCUGAGCGUCUACAAGAACAGCAGAUGCCGGAUGGAAACCUGCUUCGACUUCUCCAGGUGCGAGAAGCACGGCUUCAAAGUCUUCACCUACCCUCGGGAGAGGGACCAGCCCCUCUCGGAGAGUUAUGGCAAAAUCCUCGCUUCCAUCGAGCGUUCUCGGUACUACACCCCGAACCCCGAGGAAGCUUGCCUCUUCAUCCUCAGCAUCGACACACUGGACCGCGACCACCUCUCGGGUCAAUACGUCCGUAACGUCAAUGAGAAAAUCCGCGCCUUCCCACUCUGGAACGGCGGCCGUAACCACCUCAUCUUCAACCUCUACUCGGGCACCUGGCCCAAUUACACCGAGGAUCUGGGUUUCGAUAUCGGCCAGGCCAUCCUGGCCAAAGCCAGCUUCUACACCGAGAGCUUCAGGCCCGGCUUCGACAUCUCCAUCCCUCUCUUCCCCAAGGACCACCCGCAGCGCGGCGGGGAGAAGGGGUGGUUGUAUCAAGACUCGGUCCCCCCAAAAAAGAAAUAUUUGUUGGUUUUCAAGGGGAAGCGGUACCUGACCGGCAUCGGCUCCAGCACCAGGAACGCGCUGCACCACAUCCAUAACGGGAAGGACAUCAUCUCGCUCACCACCUGCAAGCACGGCAAGGACUGGGAGAAGCACAAGGACACGCGCUGCGACAAGGAUAACGUUGACUACGAAAAGUUCAACUACCAGGAGCUGCUGCACAACUCCACCUUCUGCAUCGUGCCCCGGGGCAGGCGCUUGGGCUCAUUCCGCUUUCUGGAGGCGCUGCAGGCCGCCUGCAUCCCCGUGCUGCUGAGCGAUGGCUGGGAGCUGCCCUUCGCCGAGGCCAUCGACUGGGGCAAAGCUGCCGUCGUGGGCAAUGAGAGGCUGCUCCUGCAGAUCCCCUCCGCCGUCCGCUGCAUCCACCCGGAGCGCGUGCUGGCUUUCCAGCAGCAGACCCAGUUCCUCUGGGACGCGUACUUCUCCUCCGUCGACAAGAUCGUACACACUACGCUGGAGAUCAUCAAGGACCGGCUGCUCCCACACCGCUCCCGCUCCCGUUUUCUCUGGAACACGCUGCCCGGGGGGCUCCUGGCUCUGCCCGAAUUCUCCACCCACCUCGGGGACUUUCCCUUUUACUACCUGCAGCAUGGCUCCAGCCCCUCCGAGAAGUUUACGGCUUUCAUCCGGGCUGUCUCGCCGGGGGGUUCCCUCUCCCAGCCCAUCCUCAGGCUCAUCCAAGCCGUCUCCGGAUCCCAGUACUGCGCCCAGAUCCUGGUGCUUUGGAGCUGCGAGAAGCCACCACCGCCAAGCGGGAAAUGGCCCCAGACCACCGUGCCUCUGACCAUCAUCCAGGGCAGGGGGAAGCUCAGCGACCGAUUCUUCCCCUACGCGGCCAUCCAGACGGACGCCGUGCUGAGCCUGGAUGAACACACCAGCCUCUCGACCAGCGAGGUGGACUUUGCCUUCACGGUGUGGCGCAGCUUCCCCGAGCGCAUCGUGGGCUUCCCCACGCAGAGCCACUUCUGGGACCCCGAGCAGAAGCGCUGGGGCUAUACCUCCAAGUGGACCAACGAGCUCUCCAUCGUCCUCACCGCCGCCGCCUUCUACCACAGGUAUUAUCACACCCUUUUCACGGAAUACCUGCCGGCGGGGCUGCGGGAGCUGGUGGACGGCCUGGCCGCCUGCGAGGACAUCUUGAUGAACGUCCUCGUGGCCGCCGUCACCAAGCUGCCGCCCAUCAAGGUCACCCAGCGGAAGCAGCACAAGGAAAGCGUGUCCCAGCAGGUGAAGGGCACGACAGGGGCAGCCGGCGGCCGGCGUUUCUCCCAGCAUCAGGACUGCCUCAACCAGUUGGCGGACUGGUUCGGCUACAUGCCCCUCGUGUCCUCCCAGCUGCGCCUUGACCCCAUCCUCUUCAAGGACCAGGUCUCCGUCCUGCGCAAGAAAUACCCACGCUUGGAAAAACCCUGAGGGCUGCCGGGGAUCGGGGUCGGAGCCGGCCCUGGCUGCCCCGUUCCUGGUGC